CAGGUUGUUGCGUUUUUGGCUCUAAAGCCCGCAGACCUCCGAAGCGCUCGUCAGUUUUCCAAGUUGGAGCCAUGGCGACAACAGCUCAGUACAUCCCGAGGAAUAACUCCUUACCGUCCAACCCGCUCAUGCAUCCGGAUUCGGACAGGAUGCACCAGGGUACGACCUACAGAGAGGUGCAGAAAAUGAUGCACCACGAGUACCUGCAGGGGCUCGCGGCCACCAAUACAGGGCAUCCGAUGAGCCUCACGCACCACCAGUGGCUGCCCACUUCCAACACCGACUGGUCCAGCGGUACUCACAUCGGCCAGCAAGAGCACAAAGCCGGGGUUCAGGCCAGCAGGGAGGACCUGAGCAGCGGCUUCCACCACAGAUCUCACCUGGUGCAUCAGCAGACGCAGAGCGCGCACCACGGUUCGUGGGCGCCCGCCACGACGCACCACCUGUCUCCGCUGUCCCCUGCGUCCAACGGCCACCAGUCGCUGGUCUACUCCCAGCCCGGAUACACAAACCUCAACGCGAUGUUAAGCCCGCAGCCUGGUGCCCUCCACCACGGCAUGCGGGACCCGCUCCACGACGAGACGGGCAGCCACGAUAACCAGAUGGAAUCGCCCCAGCAAGCGUUCAGUCACCACCAGGACCACUCGGACGAGGACGCGCCAAGCUCCGACGACCUGGAGCAGUUCGCCAAGCAGUUCAAGCAGCGGCGGAUCAAGCUGGGCUUUACUCAGGCGGACGUGGGCUUGGCCUUGGGCACCCUGUACGGAAACGUCUUUUCUCAGACCACUAUCUGCAGGUUCGAGGCGCUGCAGCUCAGCUUCAAGAACAUGUGCAAACUUAAGCCACUGCUUAACAAGUGGCUGGAGGAGACAGACUCAAACACCGGCAGCCCCACCAAUUUGGACAAGAUCGCCGCGCAGGGCAGGAAACGAAAGAAGAGGACCUCCAUUGAGGUGGGGGUGAAAGGGGCGCUGGAGAACCACUUCUUGAAAUGCCCAAAGCCAUCCGCUCAUGAAAUCAGCACUUUAGCCGGCACUCUGCAGCUGGAAAAAGAAGUGGUCCGCGUUUGGUUUUGCAACAGAAGACAAAAAGAGAAAAGAAUGACACCAGUUGGGGUCCCGCACCCGAAUAUGGAGGACGUUUAUUCCCAGGCAGAGACCCCUCCUCUACACCGCACACUACAGAGUCCUGUGCAGUGACUGUUUUCAUGAACAAUCCGAGCAUUUAGAAAGAAGAAAAAAAAAAGAGAAAGGGACACGUGGAGUUUUACAGUAUUUAAGUUGAACUGUUUUGCUGAGAGACAGAAAAAAACGACACUGGAUCCAUUUUUUUUCCUUUUAGUUUUCGGAAAUUAAGUCCAAUAAAAUAAAUAUCAGACGGGAUCAUGAUAGGAAAACUGAAAUAAAAUCAAUAAAUCAAAUUUCCUGUUAAAUGAAAUCAAAGAUAUAUUUACUAAAAUCAAAGAGAGGAGAAGUGUAUCAGAUGGAAAGUUUGCAGUUUUGAAAUAUUGAACCUGAUCUCCUCCUCCUGGUGCACCAUGAACUCUUGGACAUCACCAGAAUGAGGUGAUCAUUUAAAAUGAUCAACACUGGAGAUGAAUGAACUUUUUUUGCGCUUUUUUUCAGGCUCAAAUUGCUCAACCAGAUUUCUAAAUACGAGUGCACACUUUUUUGUUUUUUUGCCAAUAAUUGCCCAAGUGUCUUUAUCUGCAAGUGUUUCGAAUUUUCUUCAUAAUUUGCUCAUCAGAGCAUCCUGUUUCUGUCUUAUUUUUGUUUGUAUCCUUGAUGGUGUAUACAUGUUGGGAAGUCGUUUCUCGAUAUUGAACAGCUCGUUAAAAAUGUCAGAUACAUUUCAGCUAAAGCCCGAUGCAGAACGAUUAAAGUUGCAAAGGCAUGCCUUAGUAAUAAGAAAUAUGCUAGAAGUAAAUAAAAAUAAUAACAUUUUUCAGCUGAUCUCGUCAAAAUGUGCAAACUGCAUCAGACGCUAAAUGGAUAAUUCUUUAAAUUCGUAUUUUAUAUUGUUUUAUUGUUUUUUUUCUUUAAAUUAAGCACUUAUUCUUUCAUUUUUUUCUAUUAUUGUUAUUCUAUUGACUGCUUAUAAAAAUAAUCUUUCUGUCACCCCUUACACUGUCUGCUAAUCAGCUGGAAUUCAAACGUUUCAAGAAAACAUUUGGUCUAACAGUAAAAACGGGGACUAACUCAGGUAACUGCAGAAUAUAUCACGCCUGUACAUGUUUUGCCGUUUGGGUCCGGUUUCAUUUCCACAAUUAACUUUGUUCCAUAGAAAAUUAGCAAUUUUUUAAAAGGAUCUGCUUGGGG